AUGCCGGACCUCGUUGGCUCGAUCGACGCUGGUACCACCAGCGUGCGCUUCAUCGUCUUUGACGAGUUUGCCAAGGUGCACGCCUUGCAUCAGAUGGAGUUCAACCAAUACUAUCCGCACCCCGGCUGGCACGAGCAGGAUGCGCACGAAAUCAUCGACUGCGUGUACACGUGCAUCGACAAGGCGCUCGCCAAGCUCGAGGAGGGCGGCAAGUUCAAAAAGACCGAUGUCAAGGUCAUCGGUGUCACCAAUCAGCGCGAGACCACGGUGGUCUGGGACAAGAACACGGGCAAAGCGCUCACCCGUGCCAUCGCCUGGCCUGACGCGAGGACCACGCACACCAUCCGCCAGCUCGAGUCGAAAAGCCCUAAGGGUGUCGAUGCGGUCAAGGAAGAGACCGGCCUGCCGCUCUCGACGUAUUUCGCUUCGGUCAAGCUUCGAUGGAUGCUCGACAACAUCCCCGAAGUACGCAAGGCGCACGACGACAAGCAGAUGCUCUUCGGAACAAUAGACAGUUGGAUUGUCUACAACCUCACCGACAAGGCGGUGCACAUCACGGAUGCCUCGAAUGCCUCGCGAACCAUGUUUAUGGAUCUUCGUGCGCAGAAGUGGGACCAGAAGCUGUGCGACUUUUUUGGCAUCGACAUGGAUAUCCUGCCUGAGAUCAAGAGCUCGUCCGAGGUGUACGGCAAGAUCGCCCACGGCGAACUCAAGGGUGUCGAGAUCGCGGGUAUCGUAGGUGACCAGAUGGCCGCGUUGGUGGGCAACAAGUGCUUUGCGCCCGGCGAGGCCAAGAACACGUAUGGCACGGGUGCGUUCCUGCUCUACAACACGGGCGAGAAGGUGGUCUCGUCCAAGAACGGUCUGCUCUCGACCAUUGCGUACAAGGCAGGACCCAACGCCCCCGUCAAGUACGCGCUGGAAGGUUCCAUCGCCGUGGCCGGCUCGGCGGUCAAGUGGGUGCGAGACAGCCUGGGCCUGAUCAAGGAAGCCAGCGAGAUCGGCGACUUGGCUGGUCAAGUUGACAACACGGGAGGAGUCUACUUUGUUACGGCCUUCAACGGUCUCUUCUGCCCGUACUGGGACGAUACUGCUGCCGGCACCGUCGUUGGCAUCACGGCCUUCACUGACAAGCGCCACUUCUGCCGUGCCACGCUCGAAUCGACGUGCUACCAGACCAAGGCGAUCCUCGAUGCCAUGUCCAAGGACUCUGGUGUCGCGCUCAAGGCGCUCCAGGUCGACGGUGGGCUGACCAACUCGGACGUGGCGAUGCAGAUCCAGGCCGACAUCCUGGGCAUCAACGUCGAGCGACCCGAGAUGCGCGAGAGCACCGCACUGGGCUCGGCGCUCCUGGCAGGUUCGGCCGUCGGACUGUUCGGUUGGGACAUCAACAGGCCCGAGACGCUCAGCAAAGUCAACACGGCCGGCAAGCAGGUGUUUGAACCCAAGAUCGACGAGGAGAGGCGAAAGAAGAUGCUGCACGGCUGGGAGAGGGCGAUUGAGAGGGCAAAGGGUUGGAACGAGAACCCUUAA